GGCGUUAGCGCCGGGAGGCGCUGGCGGCGGUGGCGGCGGAGUGGAGCGGAGCGCAGGGGAGGGGACGGGCGGCCGGCCGCGCGGAGGGAGUGAGUCACCUGACCGCCGCUUGCCGCCUGCAGUCGGGCCGCGCCGCGCCUCGGCUCCGGUCGGUGACAGUUAGAAGCAUGCUUCCCUCUGCUCUCCCUGACCCCGUUUGCCACCCAGGAUGUCUGUGAGUGAGAGCGCAGUGUUUGCCUACGAGUCCUCCGUGCACAGCACCAACGUCUUGCUCAGCCUCAAUGACCAGCGGAAGAAGGAUGUGCUGUGCGACGUCACUGUCGUGGUGCAGGGCCAGCGGUUCCGAGCCCACCGCUCGGUGCUGGCUGCGUGCAGCAGCUACUUCCACUCGAGAAUCGUAGGCCAGACUGAUGCCGAGCUCACCAUCACACUGCCGGAAGAGGUGACAGUUAAAGGAUUUGAGCCUUUAAUUCAGUUUGCCUACACUGCCAAACUCAUUUUAAGUAAAGACAAUGUUGACGAAGUGUGCAAGUGUGUGGAGUUUUUAAUCGUGCACAAUAUCGAGGAGUCCUGUUUUCAGUUCCUCAAGUUUAAGUUUCUGGACUCCACUGCAGAGCAGCAGGAAUGUGCCAGAAAACAAUGCUUCUCCUCACACUGCCAGAAAGCCGACUUUAACGUUUCGCUCUCCGACCAGAAAGACCUAGAAAUCGACGACGCGGAGGAGUUCUUGGGAAAGAAAAGUGUUCAGGCUCCUCGGUGUGACCCCCAGAAGUGUCAGCGCGAUGUGAAAGCGUCGCCCUCUCUCCAAGACAGUGCCAGCCAGACGUGCCAGUCCUUGUGCUCGGAGAAGGAUGGCACCCUGGCGUUGCCCUCCUUGUGCCCCAAAUACAGGAAAUUCCAGAAAGCAUUUGGAACUGACAAGAUCCGCACUCUAGAAUCCGGCCUCAAGGAUGUCCAUGCUGCUUUUGUCCAACCAAAUGAGGCAUCUGACCUGGAGUGCUUAGGGGGCGCACAAGGCUGUGCAGACUUACAGGUGGUCUUACGAUGUGAAGAAACGAAGCCAGCCAUGGAGAGCGAGGAGACAAAGCACAGAGACCCCGCUUCUCGGCGCCCUGCAGCGCAGACGGAAGUGGCUCCUUUCCCCCACAAUUCCGCGGACCCUCACGGGCUCUAUUCCCUGCCAGUCUUACACACAUACGACCAGCCUGGUGACUUGGGCGUUGCUGGGGUGCAGAGUAAGACAGUGAAGACAGAAAAGCCUUUGUCAGGCGCAGAUGCCCAGGAGGAGAAGCCGUUCGGUGAAAAUCCGGAUUUAUACCUGAAGUCUGACGCGGGCCCCAAAGAAGACAGCAGCAGCCUUGCAUCGGGCGAUCGGAGUAGUGUGGAGAGGGAGGUGGCAGAGCAUCUGGCCAAAGGCUUCUGGAGUGACAUUUGCAGCACGGACUCUACUUGCCAAAUGCAGUUGUCACCUGCUGCAGCCAAAGAGGGCUCAGAGCAGGGCUACCCGCAAAGGCGCUCUGAGUGCCCCUGGUUGGGCAUCAGGAUCAGCGAGAGCCCGGAGCCAGGCCAGCGGACUUUCACAACUCUCAGCUCCGUCAACUGCCCGUUCAUCAGUACUCUGAGUUCCGAAGGCUGCUCCAGCAACUUGGAAAUCGGAAACUACGAUUACGUGACAGAGCCUCAGCAGGAGCCUUGUCCGUACGCUUGCGUGAUUAGCCUGGGUGAUGACUCCGAGACGGACACAGAAGGUGACAGUGAGUCCUGUUCGGCCAGGGAGCAGGAAUGUGAGGUAAAACUGCCAUUUAACGCUCAACGAAUAAUCUCGCUCUCAAGGAAUGAUUUCCAGUCCUUGCUGAAGAUGCACAAACUGACCCCAGAGCAGCUGGACUGUAUCCACGACAUCCGCAGGAGGAGUAAGAACAGGAUUGCUGCGCAGCGCUGUCGCAAGAGGAAACUUGACUGCAUUCAGAACCUUGAGUCAGAAAUCGAGAAGCUGCAAAGUGAAAAGGAGAACUUGCUGAAGGAGCGAGAUCACAUUUUGUCCACGCUGGGUGAAACGAAGCAGAACCUCACGGGGCUUUGCCAGCAAGUGUGCAAGGAAGCCGCCCUGAGUCAGGAGCAGAUUCAGAUCCUCGCCAAGUACUCGGCCUCAGACUGCCCGCUUUCUUUCUUGGUUUCUGAGAAAGGAAAAAGUAUUCCUGAUGGUGAACUUGCUUUUCCUUCAGUCUUCAGUGUGUCCGAUGUGCCUCCGGCUGUGCCAGCCCCCUGUGGGCCCGGGAGCAGCAAGGCAGGCCAGAAACCAGUUCAAGUGUCCCAGACAGCCUCACCAACCACCACAGCUGCCCUGGAGCAGGCCACGCUCUUGGAACCCUGUCGGCAGAGUGGCGGGAUCUCAGACUUCUGUCAGCAGAUGACAGACAAGUGCACUACUGAUGAGUAAACCGCACGAGCCCCCUUCAGCCCGUGGAUUUCCUCCUGAAGUUUUGGCAUUGUCCCGAGAGCCGCAUGUGGCCGUGUCUACUCGUUUAGUAGCCCCUUCUUCCCCCGGUAGCUUUCUAUUGAGGGGAUUUCUCUUUUAGGAACCCCGAGUUCUUGAUUUUCACAGGAGACAUGACAUGAUUUACCUCUUGGAUGCUGAAAAAUCACAUGUGAAAAUACAGAGUAAUAAUCUCCCAGUAUUCAAAAUAACUCUGGCAGUGGAAACUGCAGUAUCCGUUUCAACAGCUCGAAGCGUCUGCCCUCGGCCCUCCGGGCCUGUGGAAGCUCGAUAAUCUACCUUUUGGCAGUAUACUGAUUAAAGAGAAAAAUUCUACCCAAGCAGUGUGGUGGUGAUCUACCCAGAAGGGGGCUAUCAGCACUGAGAGUUUGUGUAGGGCUGUUACACGUGGAAAAGAAAUCAUCUUUGAACUCUAACACUCCACUGCAGCUCCUACCGAAGUCCAGUGUGGGCUGGACCCAGUGACCCCGAGGCUGCCCUGGCAGGGUGUAGUGAAGGGCCACGUCUGGCCAGAGCUAAGAGGCCUCCUCUCCUCAGUCUUGACGAGAAUGCCAUUUUUCCUGCUCUCUCCUUUGUUCCCCUCUGCAGCCUCUGCCAUGUCUAGGCCAGUUAGGAACUUUCUGUCCCCUUCUUGCUCUUGGAGGUAGCAAUGGGAGGUAGGUUGAAUGGCCCGAGUGUGCACACGCUGGCCGGAACUGCAGUUGUCACAGAUCUGGAGAGCUUCACCCCUGUGAGAGGCUGUCGAUUGUCUAGCUGCAGGUCACCGAUGCCCAAGAGGGCAGUGGGGUCAGGUGAGGGGAAUGUCCACAUUGACCAGAAGGGCAGCUCACUGGCGUCCUAAUGAAGAGUGUGCUCCGUAGCCUGCCUGUUGUAGCAAACGUGGCUCCCCAGCUCUGCUGGGAUUUGAAACCAUAAAAUGGCAGUCUCUCCCCCUUUGGUAUGGUGUGAAGGCACACGCAUCACUUUGACUUGGACAUUGAGAAGUCAGCCUUGUGCUUAUUAAUGUUGGUAGAAAAUGAAUUCUUAAUAAUCUGAGCAUCUACCCCAUGACAUUUUUUUCAGUGAUUCUUAACCAUUCUGGAAUCUCACAAUGCAGACCUCUGCAGUGGAGAGAAAGCCCUGUAUUCAAGGAAUGUGAACACACUGCCAGAGAGUUGGCAACACGCUGAGGACAGCUGACACCAGAUGUGGGUUAUCCCAGUCCUGAUCUCCUGAGGCAGGGCCACCAUCAAAACAGGGUCGUCAACAUCUUCUGAGAGCUUUAAGCUGUGUGUCAGGUACAUAGGAACUUCACUAAGACUGGGGCAGGGUCUGAGGGCGCCUUCGUCAAGCUAUCGAAGCAGUCUGUAGACUGUUUGACAGUGGGAAAACUGGGGUGGGAGGCACCUCUGGUCUCACACACCCCCGAUAAGGGAGCCCCUCAGUGCUCGCAGAAGCAUCGGCAGAGGCAUGGGCAGAGCCCUGUGUAAAGGAAUGAAGAACAGUCCAUGGGGCGUCGUCUCUCCAAGUCAGAUAUCCGAAAGAGACACUCAUCUCCACUGCAUGGAGAUCCUAGAGAGAGAGGGUGGGGCAGGAGGAGGGAGAGAGAGAGAGAGAGGGAGAGCGUGCCAGAGAGCCACCCUGAGUGUGGUAUCGAGUCAGUAGCAAGCUGAUGUUUGCUAUGAGAAGAAAUGGGGACCAGAAUCAAUAUUUCACAAUAGUAGGUUGUCAGAUGAUGCCCCUUUUCCCCCCGGGGUGCAGGGAGGGAGGGAGGAUAGUGUGUUUUUAGUCUUUGGAAGACAAAAUUAAAUUGUAAUUAUUUUCGAGAAACUUGGAAGAGUCCACUCAGUUCAUCUGGGAGAGAAUGCCCACUGUGACCUUGCACCCCAUGUUACGAAAGAGCUGUGUAUAUAUAUGUAUAUGUCCCCACGCAGCUAUCUGAUACUUGUAAUUUCAGAUUUCAACUUAACAUAAAAUAAUAUGAAAACGUCUCUGGUUUACAAAGUGUGAAAUCUUUAACAAGCCAAUGGAACCCUCGAUCUCCUACCUCACUGUACACUCAGCUGUCAGUCAUCAGUUUUUGUGUGUACAUAUGUCAGAUUUUUUUUUUUUUUUUUUUUUUUUUUGCUUUAAAUGUAACUGUAAAUAUUUGCUUUUGGAAAGCUACUUACCAUUUUAUGAUAAAAUGCAGUUCUCUCCUCAAUGUAAAGAUUUUUUUUUUUUUUUUUUUUUAAAGACACUUGGUUUAGUCUCCCUACCUGUGAACAGUUUAGCAUUAAGGGUUAAUUUUCAUGGUGUUUGGUAAUUGGCCAAGUGUAAUGUUCCUUAAAAUUUAGCAUUACUUUUAACAGCCAGCAUAUAAUACAAGUAACUACACUACCUCAUAACUAUGUGAUUUUCAAGUUGUAGUAGAUGGACAGGAAAGAUUUUACCUUUUGUCUUUUGGCCAUAAGAUGGGUAAGUUUUCUGUAUAUUGCAUAGCAUUACACAUUUAUGCCUAUUUUAACAAGACAUUUUAAAGACUUUUUUUUUUUUCUAAGAAAAUUUGUUGCAAGACAAUAUUUCUUUUGGGGGGGUGCCGAAGACAAGUGAUAGGAUCAUGUGUGUACAUCGUAUGCCUUUUCCUUCAUGCAGAGUUUUGUCAAUGCUUUUAGUUUGUGUUUCGCAUAUUCACGAGAUCAUUACUCCUUGUUGUAUGAUCUGACCUUCUCAAUGCCUGGUGAUUUUUUUUUUUUUUAAGUUGUCAUAUCUGACUCAAUACAAUUAUGUCAUCUUAAAUAUUUGCCCCUUGUUUUGAAUGCUGUAGCUACAAAUACUUUGUUGAAUUGUUAUAUUCAGAAUAAAUAUGGAUAUAGCAUUGGUUGUCUCCCUGCAAGCUCUGUAUCGAUUUACUGUAGCUUCAUGCGUGGCCAGUUUUAAGUUAGGAAUGUAAUAUAUAUGAUGCAGGGGAUAGUGGGAACGGCAUGAGGGCACUCAGCCACAUUAACAGCUUGGAAAAAAAAGAAGCGAAUGGCGAUGUGACAGUGAAUUCUCAGGUGAACCUUUCAGUUAUGAAAACAUCUAUUUUGAAUUUGUAAGUAUUUUAACUGUUUUAUUAAGGCAUGUACUAAACUAUUCUUUGCCACCUGUUGGGUAGAUUGAAAAUUUAAAGCCAUAAUGGUAAAAGAUGGCAUACUGAUUGUAAAAUAAGCAAAUAAUAAUAUUGAUGUUUUGUAUCUUUCAUAAUAUAAUUUUUCUAACUGCAAUAAAACCACCGAACUUAUA